UAUAAACGCCUCUGCAUUUAAUCCCAACACUGACUUGGCGACUGCUUCUGAGUUAUAUUUCAAUCCCCACGUCAUAUAUCUCUAUCUUCAGCUCACCUCCAUUAUUGUAAUCCCUCUGUUUCUUUGUCUCCUUCCUCUUCUUCUUCUUUUUCAUCUCUGGCCUAAGUUUCAGUUUCAGCCUCUUGUUUUCAAAUCCUCUGCAUUUUGAAAAGACUCUGUUUUUGAACCUGGAUUCUUCCAUUUCCCCCAAUCUUCCUUAACAACACAUCAAAAAAAUCAUUUCCAUUAUGUAAUCCAGUCUUUUCAAUCCAAUCCCACAAAACCCAUUUCUCAAAAAAACCAAAAAAAAUUUCAAUUUGAUUGCUUGUAUGAAUCUUUGAGUUAUCUUUAUAGUGGGCACUCUGGCUCUGCUCGUUUCUUCUAUCCCUUAGCAACACAUUUAUAAAAAAACCUCCAAAGUAUGUAACUUUCAGCCUUCCCAUAUCCAAAUUCCCCAACCCAAAUACCAAAAAAACAAAAAAAAUCUUUAGCUAAAUUUAUUUUCAAUAUGUACUAGCUGUAGUUCUUGGUGUCACCCGCCCUGGCCAGUAUCAAAAAGCUCGUGUAGCAACAAUUUUAUAAAAAUCAUCAAAUUAUGUAACUCCAAUCUCUAAUUCUCAUAACCCAAUUCCUCAAAAACCCAAAAAAAAAAUAAAAAAAAAUCUUGUUUUUCUAUCAUAUUGAGAAAAAACCAAAAAAGAAGAAGAAGAAGCUAGGGAUGCCGGAAUCGGAACCAGUGACGCCGUCGGCGUCAGCCCCGGCGACGCCUGGGACGCCAGCGCCGCUGUUUUCAGGGCUAAGGGUGGACUCGAUGUCUUAUGAUCGCAAGUCAAUGCCGCGGUGCAAGUGCUUGCCUGUGAACGCUCCCACUUGGGGUCAAUCUCACACGUGCUUCACCGACUUCCCCACUCCCACUGUCUCUCUCACCCGCAAGCUAGGAGCUGAGUUUGUCGGAACCUUCAUCCUCAUGUUUGCAGCAAGUGCCGGACCAAUUGUGAACCAAAAGUACAACGGCGCAGAGACGCUGAUCGGCAAUGCGGCAUGUGCUGGACUUGGGGUGAUGAUUGUGAUCUUGUCCACAGGCCAUAUCUCCGGUGCGCAUCUAAACCCAUCUCUCACCAUUGCUUUUGCUGCCUUGCGUCACUUCCCGUGGGUUCAAGUCCCAGCCUACAUUGCUGCUCAGGUUUCAGGCUCCAUUUGUGCCUCAUUUGCUCUCAAAGGAGCUUUCCAUCCGUACAUGUCGGGCGGCACCACGGUGCCUACUGUGAGCACUGGCCAGGCCUUUGCACUUGAGUUCAUCAUCACUUUCAAUCUCCUGUUUGUUGUCACUGCUGUUGCCACUGAUACCCGCGCUUUGGGAGAGUUGGCUGGUUUAGCAGUUGGAGCUACUGUCAUGCUGAAUAUUCUUAUUGCAGGGCCAUCGAGUGGUGGUUCAAUGAACCCUGUCCGCACCCUAGGCCCGGCUGUGGCCGCCGGAAACUACACCAAAUUGUGGGUAUACCUGGUGGCCCCCACCCUUGGAGCCCUUGCCGGGGCAGGUACCUACACGGCAGUGAAGCUCCGUGAAGAUGAGGUGGACGAGCCUGUGCGCGAGGCCAGGAGCUUCCGUCGCUAGAUGGAUAUAAGAGGAGUGCAUAUAUAGGAAUAUAAUCUCUUGUCAGAUAAUUCGACAUGUUAUGUGAUUCGACUGUUAAUCUAAGUCACAUCUAUUGAUCAACAGUUUGAUAACGUAACAUGACGAACAUAAGACAAGAGAAUAUUCCUUUAUAUGCAUGGUCCUUGCAAUUAUGUAUGAAUUAUAGGAAGAUUUGAUGAUAAUGAAGUAAUAGCUUAAGACAGAUUUUAUAAAGAAUAAGGGCGGGCUGGGAUUAUAUAUAUAUAUAUAGAGGAUGUGACGCAAAGUCUUGCCCUCCCCUGGCCCGCGGCUUUUUACUGUAAAAUAGUGUGCUUGUUUGGUGUGCACGACGGCCAUCAUCUCACAAGGGUCGUUGUCUUGGAAAUGUAUGUGAUUAGUGUUUGUCCGGGGCCCUUUGAGAAGACUUUGGAUUGGCUCUGUUCGUUUGCUUUGUGUGAUGCUUUCUUUUUCUUCUUCUUGUUUUGGGUACGGAAAGCAAACUCUGUAUAUUGCUUUCUCUAUUGUAUCAUCAAUAAAACUGCAUUAUAAUACAUUGCUUCUUCUUAAUAUUAUUAUAAUUUGGAAG